AUGCUGAUUUUAAAAGUUGACCAGGGAUUUCUUGUUGUGGGGUGUUUGCGAGGCAUGGCUUUCAUUUUAACCUGCUUAUUUCUGUCUUGUUACAGUGCGAGCAGUGUUUGGGGAAAUCAACACAGUGAGACCAGUAUCUAUUUGGAUAACAUCACGCGUAUACUGGAUAGAUUACUGGAUGGCUAUGACAACAGGCUACGACCUGGAUUUGGAGGUCCGGUUACGGAGGUUAAAACUGACAUCUUUGUCACCAGCUUUGGACCUGUUUCAGAUGUUGAGAUGGAAUACACCAUGGACGUGUUCUUUCGUCAGACAUGGAUCGACGAACGGCUGAAAUUCGAGGGCCCCAUUGAGAUCCUGCGGCUCAACAACCUGAUGGUCAGCAAGAUCUGGACGCCGGACACCUUUUUCCGGAAUGGCAAGAGGUCGAUUUCUCACAACAUGACCACCCCCAACAAGCUGUUCCGCAUCAUGCAGAACGGAACUAUCCUCUACACCAUGAGACUAACUAUAAAUGCAGAGUGCCCCAUGCGUCUGAUGAACUUCCCGAUGGACGGCCAUGCCUGCCCGCUCAAGUUUGGGAGUUAUGCCUACCCCAUCAGUGAGAUUGUGUACACAUGGAAGAAAGGUCCUCUUUCUUCUGUAGAGGUGCCACAGGAAUCAUCCAGUUUACUGCAGUACGACCUCAUCGGUCAGACAGUGUCAAGCGAGAGGCUAAAGUCCAAUACAGGUGAAUAUGUGAUCAUGACCGUCCACUUCCACCUACAAAGGAAAAUGGGAUUCUUCCUGAUUCAGACUUACAUUCCCUGUAUUAUGACUGUUAUCCUGGCUCAAGUCUCUUUCUGGAUUAACAAGGAAUCAGUUCCAGCUCGGACUGUGUUUGGUAUCACCACUGUCUUGACCAUGACAACACUCAGUAUCAGCGCUCGUCACUCCCUCCCCAAAGUUUCUUAUGCCACAGCCAUGGAUUGGUUUAUUGCUGUUUGCUUUGCCUUCGUCUUCUCUGCCCUGAUUGAGUUUGCGGCUGUCAACUACUUCUCCACCCUGCAAGCUAACCGGGAGAUGCGGAAGGCAGCAGCUAUGAAGGCGGCGGCUCAGGAGGCAGCGGCUGCAGCUGCAGCCCCAGCUGCAUCCACAGGGAACGAUGGAGAGGUUUCCUCAGUGGAUGCCAGUAGUGUACUGAAGAAGAGGAUGAACUCUACUCUGCUGUUUGACCGCCCUGCCAAAACAUUUCCCAACCCACCUGUCAAUGCCCAAGCCUUCCUGCAGCAGGGUUCAGCUGUACCAGCCAACAACGUUCUGACUGGCACCAGCAUCAUCGAUAAAUACUCCCGCAUCCUCUUUCCCCUUUCAUUUGGCGCCUUCAACCUGGUCUACUGGAUCGUCUAUCUCACCAAGGACACCAUGGAGAUGUCCAGGUGA